AUGUAUGCAACUGCAGCGCCUUGCUGCAAAUUCGCCACGAUUGUACUAGCGGUCGAGCUGAGAUGCGAUCUGUUCGGUGCUGUUGCAUCCAUCAGAUCGAUGGGACCUGUGUGUCUUGGUGCUGAUAGCGCCCGACUUCUCCGUACUUUGUCAGAGCUUCCGGGGCUGAGCCUUGCAUUCAGCCAGUCAGGUACAUUGCAGCACGGGGAAGUGAAAGUACCAUCCGCCAAAGGGGACGAGCAAUGGCAACAGACAGGUCCAAUGAGAGGAACUUUCAUGACGUUCUCACCCGUCAUAGUUGAAGUUGCCCCGAGGAUGAACCACGGUGAGCGGCGACGAAUUUUAACUCACACUUGCCCACCAAUUCUCAAAGCACCGACGAAUGGCAAUGCGCGGAAGCCAUCCUAUCCCUGUCGCGCGCGCGAUGGAUGGGGAGAGAUGGAUCGGCAGCCUGCACAUCCUUUCCUGGUUCUGCUUUGGCUGCUCACUCCCACUCGCUCCCACUCGCUCCCAGCCAUAAUCCGUCAGAAGGUGUGUCGAACCCGCGGGAAUGGAUCGUCCUGCCCCAAGCCGUUGACUUCCUUUGUGGUGGAGCUUAAAAUCCGACCAGAGAAGGAAAAGUACGCCAGCCCACCUCCACUACCAGAUUGGGGGGUACCGUCUAGGUGCAUUAUCAGUGGCACUAGUCAGGGUAGCGGGAGGCACGAUGAGAGAAAGGUCGAGCGAAGCAUUCCGAUAUUGAUCCUGACCCCGUCUUGCGGCGAUGGAGGCAAAGCCACGAAUCCGAUGGCUCGAUCGACGGGGGGGGAGGAGGGAAGGGGAACCAAAAAUCACAUUGUAAAAGGGCCAUCCAACCUCAGCAGCAUCAUGCCUCUACAUCAUCGGCCAUGGAUCAUCGUCAUACUACUAGCGGUGGAUGAUGAGGAUCAUCGCCAUUCCUCCGAGAGCGACACCUCGUUGGCGGUGAUGAGUGGCCCCCCCUUCAGGGGAUUUGGGUUCCCGCUAAGGAGGGCAGCGGCGAACCAAGGGGCGUGA